UGCUACCGGAAGUUUCCUCACAGUCGGUGUCUAACCUGACAGUGUUGUAGCUACCUGAUGGAUGUAAACGGAUGGUUAGCUAGGAGCGUUUACCUCCAGGUGUGUGUGGUGUUAAAGCAGCAGUGAGUGGUGUUGGAGGAGCGGUUAUAGGUGUUGGUGGAAAAACACAGAAAUGAUCUUCUCAACAGUCUGACCUGAAGAGAAACAACACAGUCAGCCCAGGGCUGCAGAUGGAGAAUGGAGACAUGGGUCACAUGAUGGGGGAGUCAGUGACUCUGAAUGUGGGCGGCUGUGUGUACAGCACGUCUCUGUCCACGCUGCAGCGCUACCCAGACUCCAUGCUGGGAGCCAUGUUCAGAGGAGACCUCCCCACCGUCAGGGACGCACAUGGAAACUACUUCAUCGACCGUGACGGUCCGCUGUUUCGCUACAUCCUCAACUUCCUGCGGACGUCAGAGCUGACACUGCCGUGCGACUUCAAGGAGACUGAGCUGCUCAGGAAGGAGGCUGACUUCUAUCAGGUCGAGCCCCUGAUCCAGUGCCUGGGAGACCCCAAACCCCUGCUGCCCUACCCCACUGACACCUACGAAGAGGUGGUGGAGCUGUCCAGCACCAGGAAGCUGUCCAAGUACUCCAACCCUGUUGCAGUCAUCAUCACCCAGCUCACCAUCACCACCAAGGUCCAUGCAGUGUUGGAGUCCAUCUCCAGCAGUUUCACAAAGUGGAACAAACACAUGAUGGACACCAGAGACUACCAGGUGUCCUUCACCUUCGGACCAUGUGACCACCAACAGGAAGUCAGCCUGCGUGUCCACCUGCUUGACUUCAUCUCCAAAGCUGGUUUCACAAUACGCAACACGCGGGUUCACCACAUGAGCGAACGGGCCAAUGAGAACACAGUGGAACAUCACUGGACGUUCUGCCGACGAGCUCACAAAGUCAACGACUGACGGGUGGACUUACUGACAGACAGAAGAUGUGAUCGGUGUGUCUGAUCAGACAGACAGACAGAGACUUGGUGGUGGUGGUGGUUUUGUUGUUAUGUAUUAAUGUUUUGUAUGUCUCCUCGGAGCUAAAGCACAAGGUGAGGUUACUGGAAGGAUAGCAUAUUAGCCACAUAUGGUACAUUAUUAUAUAAUAUCUUUGCUUUAUCAUAUCCGAUCUUAUUACUACAGCAUACAAUGAUGUUUUAGAUGUUAGUGUGUUUCCAACUUUAUGUCAACAGUAUGAAAAUAAAGAAAAAAUAAAAUGUUUUUUCCCA